AUACAAGCAUCUAUUUUUAAUCAAUAUAUCAAGCAUCUUGAUAAUCAAAUGAGACUUGCUGGUUGGUCAAUUCUUCUUCUUAUGGAUGGAGCAUCAACUCAUAGACUUGAAAAAGGCUACACUCCAACAAAUAUAAAGCUUCAUAUUCUCUCUUUGAAUACAACAGCUCACCUGCAACCAUGUGAUACGAGAAUUAUUUGGAAAUCUGGUGAACCUCCUGAACCCUUAAAUAUUAAGGAUGUGAUUGAUUUUACCGCCACUGCUUGGAAAAAAAAUUCUAGUUUAACUAAUGAAUCAGAUCUUAUGGAUGAAAUUCAGAAUUUAAUUGGACAGUUACCUCUUGACCAACCCAUGAGUGCGUAUCAAUAUAUAAUUGCUAAUAAUGAUCUUAUUGCUACUAAGAUUCCAACUGAUGAAGAAAUAAUUGAGUCUGUUAAGAAUCAUGAAUGCAUUGAACUGGAAGAUGAAAGUCCAAAAAAAUUAAUCUCCUUUGUUCAGGCCUUGGAAUUCAUUAAAGGAAUCUCAUCUUUCUUUGAGCAACAACCUGAUAGUAAUUUCAAAGUUGAAGAUUCUUUUAUUCGAGGUUUAAGACAACUUAAAAAAGAAGUAAAUUUUAAGCAUAUUGCUUCAAAACAACAAGCCACCUUAGAUACGUUUAUUCAUAGUACAAAUUAA